AUGGAACUUACAAUGGAAAACAUUGGAAAUCUGCACGGCGUAUCUCACUCUCAUCAAACGGGUGACUUAAUGAACUCUCCGCACCACGCACGGCAGUCCUUGGCGUCGCAUCGGAACUUGGUGUCACACGGACGUUCAGCCAUGGUGUCCAGUAUGGCCUCAAUAUUAGAUGGAUCUGGGGAGUAUCGCACAGACCAUGCGUUGUCCGGUCCCUUGCACCCCGCAAUGACCAUGUCCUGCGACUCCGGGAUGACCAUGAGUAGCACUUACACUACGCUGACGCCGCUGCAGCACCUGCCUCCCAUAUCCACCGUCUCGGAGAAAUUUCACCACCAUCCCCACCCGCACGCCCACCACCACCCGGCGCACCAGCGACUCGCCGCCGGCAACGUCAGUGGCAGCUUCACCCUGAUGCGGGACGACAGGAGCCUUGCCUCGAUGGGAAAUCUCUAUGGCCACUACCCUAAGGACAUGUCCGGCAUGUGCCAGUCGCUGUCCCCUCUCUCCAACGGCCUCGGGUCUUUGCACAACUCUCAGCAGACUCUUUGCGCUUAUGGUCCUGGCGCCCACCUCUCCAACGACAAAAUGCUCUCGUCUGGAGGCUUCGAGUCUCACGCAGCGAUGCUGUCCCGGAGCGAGGACCACAUGAGCCGGGGAUUGGGGGGACACGGGGCCGGGAUCAUGUCAUCCCUGAACGGUAUGCCCCAUCACAGCCAUCCGCACUCUCAGGCUAACGGGUCCAUGCUCUCUGAUCGGGAGAGGCAGACGGCGGGGGGCGGGCAGGGAGGUGGUUCGGGGCAGGUGGAAGAAAUAAACACCAAGGAGGUGGCACAGCGAAUAACGGCGGAACUCAAGCGCUACAGCAUUCCCCAGGCCAUCUUCGCCCAGCGGAUCUUGUGUCGGUCCCAGGGAACCCUGUCUGACCUGCUGAGGAACCCUAAACCCUGGACUAAACUCAAGUCUGGCCGGGAAACCUUCCGGAGGAUGUGGAAGUGGCUGCAGGAACCCGAGUUCCAGAGAAUGUCGGCGCUCAGACUAGCAGCCUGCAAGCGCAAGGAGCAGGAGCAUCACAAAGACCGCAACAUGGUGCCCAAAAAGCAGCGGCUGGUCUUCACGGACCUGCAGCGCCGCACACUCAUCGCCAUCUUCAAGGAGAACAAGCGCCCGUCCAAGGAGAUGCAGAUCACCAUCUCCCAGCAGCUGGGCCUGGAGCUCAACACUGUCAGCAACUUCUUCAUGAAUGCCCGGCGCCGCUGCGUGGACCGCUGGCACGACGAGCACAGCAUCAGCCCCGGCCAGCCGGGCACCUCGGCCACCACUUUCUCCAAGGCCUGA